GUUUUGAAUCCACCUUCAAACGGACACGAACCGGCAGAAUAAAGCUCCCUUUCUUCUAAUAAUACUUUGAAGAUCAAAAACAUAUGAUGAAAGCUCACAUAGCGGCAUCACAAGCUUCGGUUUCUUUGUGUGCCUGUUUAGUGUUCUUGCUAAACAAUCUCCGAGAGAUCUAUUCGUAUUUUAACAAAAAACGACUUAAUUUCAGUAACAUGUAAUUCGUUACUUUCCAUCGCUGGGAGCAGAAAAUACCGCUAACAUCAAAAGGACGACAAAAAAAAUAAUAACAAUAAAUAUAAUAAUGUUCUGAUAUUAUUUGCAUUUAUAUAAUCAUUUAAUUGUCAUUUAUAUAAUUAAAUUGAAAUUUGACGAUUCUAUGUUUUUUACUUUGAAAUGAGUAGGUUUGUCAUUGUAUGCGACACUUGGAUUAGAAGGCAUGGAUAGUUUGCUUGUAUAGAGGAAGAUUGAAUAUGCUGACCUGCGACUGUAGUUUAUAUUUACUUUGCUGGAAGUGAAAGUGAAAGUCUGAGACUGCCUAUGCGGAAGGUAUAGACAGUUAGCAGCAAAUCAAAAUGAGUGCCAAGUUUUCAGAAGAUCAAUUCUCCUGUCCGGUGUGUUUUGAGAUCUUCAAAGAUCCAGUUCUCCUGCAGUGUAGUCACAGUGUCUGUAAAGUGUGUCUGGAGCAGUACUGGGAGACCAAAGGAUCCAGGGAGUGUCCAGUUUGUAGGACUAGAUCAUCCCAGACUCUUCCCCCAACAAACUUUGCUUUACGAAACCUGUGUGAAUCCUUCUUGAGGGAGAGAAAUCAGGAGACUUCACCAGUGUCUGAGACGGUCUGUAGUCUGCACAGUGAGAAUUUCAGUCUCUUCUGUCUGGAUGAUAAAGAACCGGUGUGUGUGGUGUGUCAAACUUCAAGGAAACACACCGACCACCAAUUCUGCCCCAUUGAAGAAGCAGCAAUUGGCUGCAAGGAGGAGCUCAAGACUAAGCUGAAGCUCCUACAAGAGAAACUGGAGAACAUUAAAGACUGCAAACUAAACUGGAGUCAAACUACAAAACAUAUACAGAUUCAGGCCCAAAACACAGAGCAUCAAAUUAAGGUACAGUUUGAGAAGCUUCACCAGUUCCUACGAGAUGAAGAGGAAGCCAGGAUCGCUGCAUUGAGAGAUGAGGAGGAGCAGAAAAGUCAGAUGAUGAAGGAGAGGAUUGAAAAGCUGAGCAGAGACAUAUCAACUCUCUCAGACACAAUCAGGGCCAUAGAAGAGGAGAUAAGAGCUGAAGACAUCUUGCUCUUACAAAACUAUAAGGCCACAGUGGAAAGAGCCCAGUGUGCACUGCAGCAUCCAGAGGAGAUUUCAGGAGCACUGAUCAAUAUGGCAAAACAUCUCGCCAACCUGAAGUUCAAAGUGUGGGAAAAGAUGCAGGACAUUGUCCAAUACAUGCCAAUAACACUGGACCCAAACACUGCUCAUCCUCUUCUCAUUGUAUCUGAGGACCUGACCAGUGUGAUAGUCAGAGAAGAAAAACAAGAACUUCCAGACAUUCCAGAGAGGCUAGAUGCUUGUUUGUGCGUUCUUGGCUCUGAAGGUUUUAACUCAGGGACACACUGGUGGGAUGUUGAAGUUGGAGAUUGUGGAGCCUGGUCACUGGGUGUGAUGACAGAAUCUGCUCAGAGGAAGGGUGAGAUCAACUCCAGGAGUGGACUCUGGUACAUAUGGUAUUAUGAUGGUAAAUAUGGAGGAGGUUCUACACCAAAUCCUCACAGUCUCAUUGCAGUAGAACAAAAGAUCCAGAGGAUCAGAGUGCAACUGGACUGGGACAGAGGAGCGCUGUCAUUCUCCAACCCUCUUACUGGCACACAUAUACACACACUCACACACACAUUUACAGACAAUUUACUACCAUAUGUAGCUGUUGGUUCUGAAACGUCUCCUCUGAAGGUCCUCCCACACUGAGUGCUAUGUAAAUGUUAAAUCGCUUAAGAUGCACAUAAAUUGUAAUGUUUUAUUGACCACAGCAACAAUCAUCUUUUGGGCAUUGUAAAUAUAUGAACAUUUUACAUUUUUAUAUUGUCAUGAUUAAUUACACAAAUAAAGCAAGUCUGUUGCGCCUCCUA